AUGACCCUCGGAUGUGCUAAACUAGACAAGCAGGUGGCCGAUUGGCUCGCCUGGGAUCGCAACGAUCAAUCGAGAGCCGAGAUUCAAAAGUUGGUGGAUGAGAAGAAUUCGGACGGUCUGAAAGCACGAAUGAACACCCGUCUUGUCUUCGGAACUGCCGGUAAACAAACGAAUUCACUCCUAUUGUCAAUGCCUGUGUUUCAGGAGUGCGUGCUCCGAUGCAAGCCGGAUUCGGUCGCCUCAACGACCUGACGAUCAUCCAAAUCACGCACGGAUUCGCCCGUCACAUGCUAAACGUGUACGGAAAACCGGCGACCGGAGUGGCGAUCGGGUUCGACGGAAGAUACAACAGCCGCCGAUUUGCCGAGCUCGCCGCUAACGUCUUCAUCCGCAACGAAAUCCCGGUCUUCCUGUUCUCGGAAGUCUCUCCAACUCCUGUGGUGUCCUGGGCUACAAUAAAAUUGGGUUGUGAUGCGGGACUCAUUAUCACUGCCUCGCACAACCCGAAGGAGGACAAUGGCUACAAGGCCUACUGGAGCAACGGAGCACAGAUCAUUGGACCGCACGACGAGGAGAUUGUGAGAAUCAAGGAGACGGAGCCGCAGCCGAGAGAGGAGUACUGGGAUCUGAGUCAGCUGAAAUCCUCGCCACUGUUCCACUCGGCCGACGUCGUCAUUGACCCGUACUUCGAGGCGGAGAAGUCUUUGAACUUCCAGAGAAGUAUUAACGCAGCUACUCCUCUCAAGUUCACAUACUCCGCUUUCCACGGAAUUGGAUACCAUUACACAAAGAGAAUGUUCUCUGAAUUCGGAUUCCCCGCCUCUUCCUUCAUUUCGGUCGCCGAGCAACAAGAGCCGAACCCCGAUUUCCCGACUAUCCCGUUCCCGAAUCCAGAAGAAGGACGCAAAGUACUGACGUUGGCAAUUGAGACUGCUGAAAGGAACGGAUCGACUGUGAUUCUAGCGAAUGAUCCGGACGCGGACAGAAUUCAACUGGCUGAGAAACAGAAAGAGUUCGUUGUUUUCGGUCACUUUCUCAUAAGUAUUCCUUGAUUUUCAGCGGCGAGUGGAGAGUUUUCACCGGCAACGAAAUGGGCGCCAUCAUUACUUGGUGGAUUUGGACCAGCUGGAGAAAGGCGAAUCCAAGUGUGGACGCCUCCAAAGUGUACAUUCUGAACAGUGCAGUCUCUUCGCAGAUAGUGAAGACCAUCGCUGACGCUGAAGGUUAUUCGCGGAAGUAAUUCAUAUUUGAACUCAUGUUUUCAGGCUUCAAGAAUGAGACGACUCUCACCGGAUUCAAGUGGAUGGGAAAUCGUGCCGAGGAGCUGCGUGCCGACGGCAACCACGUCAUCCUCGCCUGGGAGGAAUCGAUCGGAUACAUGCCCGGACACACUCUCGAUAAAGACGGAGUCAGCGCCGCCGCAGUCUUCGCCGAGAUCGCCGCUUUCCUGCAAACUGAGGGCAAGACACUUCAGGAUCAACUGUACGCUCUCUACAAUCGCUACGGAUUCCAUCUGGUCCGCUCCACCUAUUGGUACGUGCCGUCUCCGGACGUCACGAAGGAACUGUUCGCCACUCUCCGUGCCGAUCUCAAGUUUCCCACAAAAAUCGGAGACGCCGACGUGGCGACCGUGAGGGAUCUAACCAUCGGAUACGACAAUUCGAAGCCAAACAACAAGCCAGUGCUUCCGCUUUCCACUUCGUCGGAAAUGGUCACUUUCUUCCUGAAGAACGGAAACAUCACCACCCUCCGUGCGUCUGGAACGGAGCCGAAGAUCAAGUACUACAUCGAGCUGAUCACUGCUCCUGGAAAGACCCAAAGUGAUCUGGCGAGCGUUUACGCAGAGCUGGAUCAGCUAGAAGCGGACGUCGUCGCUACUCUCCUCCGUCCCAAACAAUAUGGAUUGAUUCCGAGAAAAUAA